AAAGCUGCCCCACUCCUUUUCCUCCUCGCCUACGAGUCCAAGACAAACCGAUCAAUCUAAAAAAUUUGGUUUGACAUUGACUCGAUUCAAUUGCUGCCUUACUGGCGAAGCCAAUGCCACAUUAUAAUUAGCACACCGAUCUCCACUUCUCUCUUCCUCUCUACUCUCUCACGCACACACCCACAAUGCAAUGGAGGAGCCUCUGCUUUCAUCAGAGAGAAACGGUGAAUUGGGAGAGAAGGGGAGUGAGAAAUGGAGCUCGUACCAGUACGUGGGAAGAGCUGGGUCGGUGAUUCCGACGGAGGCGUUGGCCGGGACUGAAGUCAGCGUGGAGGAGAUACGGUCGGCGGCUACUUAUUCUGACCACUACCCGCCUUCUCUUCAUGCUGCUUUGGUUAGUCAGCAGGAGCCUGAUCCUUCUGAGCAAGCUGUUACUUAUAAAGGUGGAUAUGGAGGAGGUUAUGGUGGCACCACAAGUGAGCUCCAUAGGCAAAUACCAGAUGAAGUGGAGAUACGAGAGUUGCUUAUUGAUCAUGUUGGCCAUAGAUGCUGUUGGGGAAGUCGUCCUGCACGGACCUGGAAGAUCGAAAAAGUAGAAGAUUGUAACGUUUAUGUGGGAACACUAGAUACUUUCAUUGAAGAAAGGGAAACCAUAAGAUAAACACAGCCAUAUCUUGGUGGCAGUAUUGAUGGAAAAGAUAAGGGACCAGAACUUGGAAUCUGGGAAUUGGGUCUAAAGUCUCAGUUUCCUGUUAUAUUCAUACCCCAUCAUGAAUCACGGGCAAUAAUUCCGCAUUCUGCCAUUGAAAAAUGUUCAGGUUGUGGAGGAAGAGGAGAUAUUGUGUGUCCUAAAUGCAAUGCAAAUCAAGGACCUGGAUUCUACAAAGAAAAUCAGAUGGCUCAGUGUUCUGCUUGUUAUGGAAGGGGUUUAAUUGCUCAUAAAGAUGGAUCUGAUUCAAUAUGUGGGAGUUGCAAUGGUAAGGGAAAGAUCCCUUGUGCAAGUUGUGGAUCUCGUGGUUUAAUAAGAUGUUUGACAUGCCAAGGGAGUGGUUCUCUUUUGACACGCAAUGUUGCCGUUGUUAAAUGGAAGACACUUUGAACCAGAAAGGUGGUGAGCGCGACAAGCGGAGCAGCAUCUGUGCCAGAUGAUGUUUUACACAGAGCGAAAGGAGUCCAGUUGUGCAACACUCAGGCAUACCAGUGCAGUCCAGCCUUUGCCGACUCUUUCUUUCUUAACCAGUUCUCCUCCGAAGUCAUUGCAGACAGAGCUCCUGUACCUCUCACUGCAAGGGCGAUUAGUGAGAGGCAUACCAUCGCAGGGUUGUUCAGCUUCUAUAUCAUCGGGUUUAGCAGGGAGGUGUACUUAAAGGACUACUAUCCAUCCAGGUUUUGCUGGGGGUUGUGCCCUUGCUUAGAGUGGUUGAAGUUGUAAAGUGGAAGAUUGUCGUCUUCAAGAGUGAAACAAUUAUAAUUUUUUGUGCACACAUGUAUAUAGCGGCGGCCGGUAGCCUUUGGUCAGAGAAAGGCCUUAGAUUUAACUCACACAAUUGCAAUGACGAUAUAUUGUUGUAAA